UUCUUUUUAAAUAAAAAAUCUGCUGUGCCCCAAGACCUUGCUCCUCCCCCUUCUGUCGUUGCCGAUACACCUGCUGACCCUCUGUCCCUGGUUCCCCCUUCUACGAUGGUGCCCUUGCCCGCUGUAUGCGCUUCCCCUGUCCCUCCUCCUCAAGAGGGGGCUGGAUUGAGUGAUACAGUGGACCUGGACCCACCUAUAUCUUUCUCCUCUCUAGCCCCCACGUCUGUCUUACCUGUUAUGUCUAUGCCUGAGUCUGUGUCUCCUCCUCUACUUGCCCCUGCCUGUGCUACUGGGCCUGCUGUCUCUCCCUCACCUCUUCCAUCGGACUGCGCCCCCACUAUGUCUAAGACCAAAAUCCGUCGGUUACGAAAAAGGGGAAUUGGAGUAUCAACCUUUACUGUCGAACAAGCCAAAACAACUCUUCUUACAUUCGUCUGCAAUGUCAAUGGCCAUGCCGCUCGGAUCCUCAUCGAUGGUGGAGCUCAGGGUAACGUGAUCAGCUCUUCUUUUGUCAAGCGACAUGCAAUUCCUCUUCAAUCGUCUUCUCCUAUCCCCAUUGUCCUUCCAGACGGAUCACAGUCCUUCUGCAACAGGUACAACUGUUUAUUCGAGAAUGAUGUCAUGGUCAUAACCAUGCUGCGCCUAGUUUCUAGAGCAUUCCAACACAACUGUGUCUAGUAUAUAAGAGCCCUUCAAACGUAGGAUUAGACAGCAAUCAAUCAUCGAAUAAACCUCUGAUUCCACCCUAGAACCCCUCCGACUCUUGACUAUU